GGAUUAUAGGUGUGGAUGAAUUCAAGCUUAGAUUUUUUUUUCCCAAGUCUGUAACAAUUUUUUCAUCGACCCAACUCGAAAUAAACGGCAAACCAGCUGGUUACCGGGUUGAUUCGCCGGUCAGUCCAACUCCUAUAAGGAGGUUAUCGAACAAUAGGAAAGCAACAGAAGUAACCCAUUAAAAAAAUACACGAAGCUUUGAAGCAUUCAACUACUAAUCUCUAUAUGACAAGACAGAUUACAACUUCUAUACUCUCUCUUUUUUCCUCCUCCUCCUCUCAUAGAAUUCCACGCCCAGAUCAGAACCAUCUUCGUGUUUGUCAAUCUAUUCAAUGGUUGAGAAACCAAACACAGUUUGAGUAUUGUUGACUUUGUUAUAUACAGAAAGCAGUUCAAGUUUUACACAUCAAAAUAUCUCUUGAUUUCUCUGUUCGAUUGAUCAUCAAUAGAGGGGUCCUGUUUUGUUUUUGUUUUCCAUAAAGAAUGGGAAAGAAACGUGUAAUGGUGCCGGCUGAGGACGUCGACUUGUCCGCUGUCAAGUACCAGCAUGAAGCAAUCCAAGCUCCGCAUUUGACUGGAUUGAAAUUUAAGCUGUUUGUAAAGUUGCUUGAGACUCCGCUUGUUGGUCCUUUGAUUAUAUCACAUUUGAAGAAGGAGAACAAGAUAGUUGAGUUGCUGCAAAAAACUGUGAUACCGGAAGCGCCUAUGUAUAAACCUGAAUAUCCUCCACAAGAACCAGAACCUGGCGUUGUCGUUGUGGAUGAAGAUGGAAAACCAGAAGACCGGGUAGAGUUAGCUAUGAACUGCCUUCCUCCUUAUAAUUCUGCCAGCUGCUGGAAUGAGGACUUGGCUUCACCGUUUAGGUAUUGGAAGAUACGCGAUUAUGCACAUGCUUAUCGGUCACAGUUUGUUACUCCAUCUAUGGUUGCUGAGAAGAUCAUCUCAGUUAUAGAAGAACUCAACAAAAAGGAUCCCCCAAUGCCAUUAUUGAUUUCUUUUGAUGCUGAAGAAGUCAGGAAACAAGCUGCAGCUUCUACAAAGAGAUUUGAGGAAGGAAGUCCAAUAUCCAUCCUGGAUGGCAUUUUCAUCGCAAUCAAGGAUGAUAUAGAUUUGUAUCCACAUCCAUCCAAGGGUGGGACAACAUGGAUGCAUGAGGUCCGCCCUGUGGAAGAGGACGCGGUUAGUGUUUCUAGACUGCGUUGCUGUGGCGUGAUAUUUGUAGGAAAGGCAAAUAUGCAUGAGUUUGGCAUGGGUACUACUGGGAACAAUCCAAAUUAUGGAACAACGAGAAACCCUCAUGCAUUGGAUAGGUACACAGGCGGAUCUUCCUCAGGCCCGGCAGCAAUUGUAGCCUCUGGUCUAUGCUCUGCUGCCUUGGGAACUGAUGGUGGAGGUUCAAUCCGCAUUCCCUCUUCUCUCUGUGGUGUAGUGGGUUUGAAAACAACAUAUGGUCGGACAAACAUCAGAGGUUCCUUGUGUGAUCAUGGGACCGUGGCAAUUAUCGGACCAAUUGCAUCUUCUGUGGAGGAUGUCAUGCUUGUGUAUGCAGCAAUUUUGGGCUCCAAUCCUGCAGAUAGGAUCAGUUUGAAUCCGUCACCCCCUUGUUUGCCAAAUUUGUCAUCAUGUGACGGUGCAGAUGCUUUAGGAUCAUUGCGACUGGGAAAAUAUACUGCGUGGUUUAAUGAUGUACAGUCAACUGAUGUCUCUGAUACGUGUGAGGAUAUGCUUAACCUUUUAUCCAAAACACAUGGGUGUGAAAUGGUAGAGAUUGUCAUACCUGAGAUGCAAGAGAUGCGCACUGCUCAUCUUCUUUCAAUUGGAUCUGAGUUUAUGCAGUCACUGAUUCCUGAUAUUGAGGAUGGGAAAGGUGUGAGGUUGAACUACGAUUCCCGUACUAGUGUUGCACUUUUUCGAUCAUUCAGUGCAUCAGACUACAUUGCUGCCCAGUGUCUUAGGCGAAGACUAAUGUGCCAUCAUAUGGAGAUUUUCAAAAAGGUUGAUGUCAUAGUGACACCAACAACUGGCAUGACAGCACCCAAAAUACCUUCUGGUGCCCUUAGCUAUGGAGAGACAAAUUUGCAGGCUACAGGUUACCUUAUGCGCUUUGUUGUUGCUGCAAAUCUUCUUGGUUUCCCUGCCAUUUCUAUACCUGUUGGUUAUGAUAAACAAGGGCUUCCGAUUGGGUUGCAGCUUAUUAGCAGGCCAUGGGGUGAAGCAACACUGUUGCGUUUAGCUUCUGCAGUAGAGGAACUACAUGCUAAACCUAAGAAGCAGCCCGCGUCAUUUUAUGAUGUUUUGAAGACGAAAUAAAACAUUGCAUCUACCUUCUAUUCCUUGUACUUCCAUCUCAUGAUUGAAAAGGACAGUUUGUUACCAUACUUUAAUAACUGAACCAUUUUCAAAUAAAUUCGUCAACAAAUUGUCAUUGUCUACAACUCUAGAGCAAUUCAAGUCUAUUAUUGAAUCCUAUGAGUGUAAAUUAAGUAAUGUUUAUAUCCUCAAGCAACAAAGAAGUUGGAAGAUCAAA